CUCCUUCUCCCCGUUCGCUCCUGGGGCUGCGGCCAGAGCCUCGGCGGGCGGAGGGAGGGCGAGGACUCUCCCAAGUUGGCAGCACUUGGGGCAGCGCGGGACUUGGGGCAGCGCUCGGCAGCUCCCGCUGAACAAAGAAACCCCCUUUCCUGCGGGGGGCAGCGCUGGGCUGGCCCGGACCCUGCCCCUGCCCGGUGCCCGCUGCCCCGAGCUGGCCUUCCUGUGCCCGGAGCGCGGGCGCGGCUGCCCGUUCUCCCGGAGAUCUUCGAGCAACCUGGAGAGGGGAAGCGGGAAGCGGCGCUCCGCUCUCCUGCCCUCCCUGCCGCCUUCCCUCGCUCUCUCCCUCCUUUUUUUUUUUUUUUUUUCUCCUUUUAAAUUUUACCCCCAGGCGGCCCCGGGCUGGGGGGUCCCUUCCUCCGCCCGAGGGGCGCCGGUGCCCGGCGCGGAGCGGGGCGCAUGGGGUGGCGUUUCGGGAGGCUGUCGCCCGCUCCUCGCUCCCCGCCGGAUGCUGCCGGGGCUGUUUUGGUUGCUUUUCUUCGCCGGCGAUGAAGGCUCUGCCUUGAAGAUGGAGAUGAUCUGUUUUUUAUUCCUGUCUCUGGUGCCGGUGUACAGCAGGGGACAAGGGGUUUACGCUCCUGCUCAGGCCCAAAUCAUCCAUGCUGGGCAGGCGUGUGUGGUGAAGGAGGACAACAUCAGUGAACGCGUUUACACAAUUCGGGAGGGGGACACGCUGGUCCUGCAGUGUCUGGUCACAGGACACCCCCGGCCACAGGUGAGAUGGACCAAAACUGCUGGCAGCGCGUCGGACAAAUUCCAAGAGACGUCAGUGCUUAACGAGACACUUCGGAUUGAGAAGAUCCAAAGGCUGCAGGGGGGCCGCUAUUACUGUAAAGCAGAAAAUGGGGUUGGGGUCCCUGCCAUCAAGUCCAUUCGAGUAGAUGUGCAGUAUCUAGAUGAACCUGUUCUCACCGUUCACCAGACCAUCAGUGACGUACGUGGCAGCUUCUACCAGGAGAAGACUGUCUUCCUCCGCUGCACUGUCAACUCCAACCCACCAGCUCGCUUCAUCUGGAAACGGGGAGCUGAGACACUUUCCCACAGUCAGGACAAUGGUGUGGAUAUCUAUGAACCCCUCUACACACAGGGUGAAACCAAAGUCCUGAAGCUGAAGAACCUGCGGCCCCAAGAUUAUGCCAGUUACACAUGCCAGGUGUCUGUCCGCAACGUCUGCAGCAUCCCUGACAAAUCCAUCACCUUCCAGCUCACAAACACCACAGCUCCACCUGCUCUGAAGCUGUCUGUCAAUGAGACGCUGGUGGUCAACCCCGGUGACAACAUCACUAUGCAGUGCUCUCUGACAGGCGGUGACCCACAGCCAGAGUUGGUUUGGUCUCAUUCUCCUGGCCCAAUGCCUCCCAACAGCCUUGUGCAAGGAGGCAACCUCACCAUCUGGAGGAUCCGUGUAGAGGACUCAGGCUACUACAAUUGCACGGCCAUCAACAAUGUGGGGAACCCAGCAAAGAAGACAGUGAACCUGCUGGUGCGGUCCAUGAAGAAUGCCACGUUCCAAAUCACCCCUGACGUGAUCAAAGAGAGUGAGACCAUCCAGUUAGGGCAGGACUUGAAGCUCUCAUGCCAUGUAGAUGCUGUCCCCCAGGAGAAGGUUGUCUAUUCCUGGUACAAGAACGGGAAACCAGCCAGGUUCUCAGACCGGUUGCUCAUCACCCGGAAUGACCCUGAGCUUCCACCUGUGACCUGCAGCUUGGAGAUUAUUGACCUGAGAUUCAGUGACUACGGCACUUACCUGUGCGUGGCUACCUUCCAGGGAGCACCCAUUCCUGACCUCAGUGUGGAGGUGAACAUCUCCUCAGAGACAGUGCCACCAACCAUCAGUGUCCCUAAGGGUCAGUCUACCAUCACCGUCCGGGAGGGCUCCAGGGCUGAGCUGCAGUGCGAGGUUCGAGGGAAGCCCAAGCCACCUAUCAUCUGGUCCCGGGUAGAUAAAGAAACUCCCAUGCCUUCAGGGACAAUGACGAUGGAGACGUAUGAUGGGAAGCUGCGCCUGGAGAGUGUGAGCCGAGAAAUGAGUGGGACUUAUAAGUGUCAGACAGCCAGGUACAAUGGCUUUAACAUCAGACCUCGGGAAGCCCUGGUGCAGCUCAACGUGCAGUUCCCCCCCGUGGUGGAGCCGGCCUUCCAGGACGUGCGCCAGGGCAUGGGGCGCAGUGUCACCCUGCGCUGCACCAUGCUGAAGGGCAGCCCCAUGAAGGUGGCCACCUCUGUCUGGCGCUUCAACGGGACCCUUCUGGUGCAGCCCCUGGCAGAGCAGCAGGACUACUCGGAGCUGAAGGUGGACAGUGUCAGCCGGGAGACCAGCGGUAGCUACGAGUGCAGCAUUUCCAACGACGUGGGGGUCUCCACCUGCCUCUUCCAGGUGUCUGCAAAAGCUUACAGCCCAGAGUUUUACUAUGACACUCCCAACCCCACCUUAAGCCAGAAGCAAUCCAAGAAUUACUCUUACGUCUUGCAGUGGACACAGAAGGAGCCCGAUGCUGUGGAUCCCAUCCUCAAGUACCGCCUGGAAGUCCGGCAGCUGGCUCAGAGAAACACCAUCCAGACCUUCAUUCCUGUGCAGAAAAUGGAGAAAGGCCUGCUGCUGGAGCACAUCUUGCCCAACCUGAAAGUGCCUCAGAGCUAUGAAGUUCGCCUGACACCCAUCACCAGCUUUGGGGCUGGAGACAUGGCUGCCCGCAUCAUCCGGUACAUGGAACCAAUCAACUAUCCCAACCCAACAGAUAACACCUGCCGCUUUGAGGACGAGAAGAUCUGCGGCUUCAUCCAGGACAAAAUGGACAACUUUGACUGGACCCGGCAGAAUGCCCUGACCCAGAACCCCAAGCGCACCGUCAACACAGGGCCCCCCACGGACAUCAGUGGUACGCCAGAGGGUUAUUACAUGUUCAUCGAGGCGUCCCGGCCCCGGGUGACGGGAGACAAAGCCCGGCUCAUCAGCCCCCUCUACAACAUUACUGCCAAGUAUUACUGUGUCUCCUUCUACUACCACAUGUACGGGAAGCACAUCGGCUCCUUGAACCUGCUUGUUCGUGUGCGGAACAAGCGAGCCAUCGACACUCAGGUCUGGUCGCUCAGUGGGAACCGGGGGAACAUGUGGCAGCAGGCACACGUGCCCAUCAACCCACCUGGACCCUUCCAGAUCAUCUUCGAAGGUGUCCGGGGCACAAGCUAUGAAGGGGACAUUGCUAUCGAUGAUGUCACUCUGAAAAAGGGGGACUGUCCAAGGAAGCCAAUUGGACCAAAUAAGGCGGUUGCUCUUCCAGGAAGCGGCGUCCCAGCCCUGCACAGCCCUUGUCUUUGUGGCCCAUUGACUUUCUUCCUUUACGUGCUGCUCAGAUGAUGGCAAGUGAGCGCUCCUGUCUUCAGACCGAGACAUUCCUGCUCCUUUCCUACUCAGCCACCUCUGCUCCUCUUCCUCCCCUCCUCACUGGCACACCAAAGUGUCCAUAUGUUACCAAAGACUGACAGGCAUGACCACGCAAAGGGAUCUGGUUCAGAACUGGAGCACUCCUUGAGAAAGUCAUAAUGUCUAGAACAAAAUUUAAAAAUAAAGACAAAAUUUUUUUAACAGCACGUGCACGAGAGAGUGAGAGAGAGAGGAAGGAAGGAAAGAAACAGAAACACACAGAAAAGAAGGAAUGAAGGACAAAAAAUAGGAAUGAAGAAGUGUGAAGAGCAAAUGAAGGAGGAAAAAACACCCCCAUGUUUCCUUGGGAAUGUCGGACAGGGCUUCCUCAGGGAAGUGGGAACUUGUUUUAAACAAACAAACAAAAAUAUAUUAAAGCACAAAUUUCUACCAGAACAGUUACCUUCUUUACUGCAGAGCCCACAGCUUAGCGGAUGAUAUAUCGCAGUACUCCCCUCGUCUCCCCAUGCUUUCCCACUGGCUGGGGCUGCCCCACUCCAGCUGCAGCUCCCUGCAGCAACGCCAGCCUCGGCCGUGGGGCAGCAGCCACCCCACGUGCCGGUGGCCAGAGCAUCUUGCCUCGCACCGCAUGUGCUUCAGUAUCUCCAUCCAUCCGCAUCUUCCAGGCUCUCAUGUAUUUAAUUGCCCCCUGUGUGGUUUGCUUUGCCCUUUCCCCACCACUCUGUGCUUCUCACCCACCAGCCUGAAGAAGAUGGAGCAGGAAGGGACCCAUCACAUGGACCAUACUAAGUGGUGGAGAAUUCCCAGCUGGAUCCGGCUGCAGCGUUGGCCUCUGAGCGCCUCUUACUUUCUCUCAGCACUCUUGCUGGGUGGAGAAACUAUGAGAGCAGCCUGGAGGGAUCAGCAGCAGACUUCAUCCCUGGAUCCCAUAGAAGGGGAUCACACCAAAAUCCUGUCCUCGGCUUGCGAGGGGCAGGGAGAACCAGCUCAGGCCCAAUGAAUGGUGAGCCACUUCAGUGGGAUCCAGUGCCAGUGGAACUAUGUCACUCUCAUGCUUCCAGGUCAGCAAGGCCAGUAGAAAGUAUGCAUUGACCUGACAGAAGUGUUUAGAAACAUCCCUCCCAAAGGAGCUACACACAGACUCUGUGUAUUUGGGGAUACUGGGAGGUAGGGGGUGUCCUCCAGUGUCUCUUUUUUCUUUUCCCAUCAGUAACCUGGGUGGGGACCCUGCAACAAAGCCCCAUCCUCCAUCUGCCUCCCUCAUCACCACCACGUCUUGUCCCAUCCCUGCUCCACAUCUGAUAGGGCAACAUCAGCAUCACCGAGCGGAGCCGGGACCCUCUCACCACCACGAUACCAAGCUGUCCACAAUGUUAAAAGCACAAAAUACAAAGGGACUGAACCGAACCUUUUAAACAGGGUGAGAUGUUUUAUAAGCGUUGCCUCAUCCAUCCUCCCCCCGCAGCCCUGACGCACCCGCCGUGUAACCUAUAGACUCUCAACGUGGAUUGUUUCAUUCAAAUAAAGCUGCAGUA